AUGGAUGAGCCUCACCCUGGGAAAACCACCUUCGUGAUCAUGGUGUCUCGCCUGCCAGGACAACCAUACGAGAAAGAAUAUGAAGAGCUUGAGGACAAUCCUAAUCAGAGUGAUUUGAUUGAGCAGGCAGCUGAAAUGCUCUAUGGGCUCAUCCAUGCCCGCUAUAUCCUCACAAACCGUGGCAUUGCUCAAAUGCUUGAAAAAUACCAGCAAGGAGACUUUGGCUACUGUCCUCGAGUUUAUUGUGAGAACCAGCCCAUGCUGCCCAUUGGUUUAUCUGAUAUCCCAGGUGAAGCCAUGGUCAAACUGUACUGCCCUAAGUGCAUGGAUGUUUAUACCCCCAAAUCUUCCCGCCACCAUCAUACAGAUGGGGCCUAUUUUGGAACUGGCUUUCCUCACAUGUUGUUCAUGGUGCACCCCGAGUAUCGGCCGAAGCGGCCAGCCAACCAGUUUGUGCCCAGACUUUAUGGUUUCAAGAUCCACCCAAUGGCUUACCAGCUGCAGCUUCAGGCCGCCAGCAAUUUCAAGAGCCCAGUCAAAACUAUCCGUUGAUCUUCUGCGUCCAGGUGCCCAGGGUCCUGCUCUGAUAAACCCCUUUAAUUCAGUCAGGGCUGCUUAUACUUUGAUUUUGGUGAUGUCCCUUGUGGACUAUUCUUUGUCACCCUCCAGCCUGAUUUUUAGUAUCAUUUUUGGUGUGCGGUUUAAAUUUAAUAACAAUUUCUGUUAAUUCCCAGAAACACAGACUGUAACACACAAAUUCAGUAAACACCUCUAAUGUCAUCAUUUUGUGGGGAUUUUUUUCUUUUUAAAAAAUAAAAUACAUUAAAAAUGUAAAA